AUCACCUCCUCUGUUUGCAGGGAUCAGCUGUUUUCCUCUCUCACGCGGGCCUUGUGUUGACAGAGGCGGGGCCUAAUGGCUCAGUGGGCGUGGCCUCCAGGCCGGCGGCAGUCUGAUUGACAGUUGAGCCGCUCAGAGCCUCGGGGACGGGUCGGCACUCUGAAGAAACACCAGAACCCGGUUCACAGGUCCACCAGAACCAAGAGAAUCCAGGAAUUUAACUUUUUUCCAGAACUUUUGGGGAGAAAACGAAGAACUUUGAUCAGAACCUGCAGGAGCCACAGAGGAGGAUCACGACGGGGCCGGACGCGUGUCCAUGGCGCCGCCGCAGCAUCAGCAGCAUCACAGAGACUGACGGCUGUUCUUCACAUCGACGGGACAGCCAUGCAACCGCCCCACCCCCGAUGAGGACGGCGCCUCACACAGGAGACGGCGUUAGCAGCCUCUCAGGAUGAUGGCCUCGGUGGUUGCCGGGGGCAACCGGAAGAAGUCCCUCACCUUGAGAGGGGUGGACCCGGAGACCUGCAUGAUUGUGUUCAAGAACCACUGGGCCCAGGUCGCCAGGAUUCUGGAGAAACACGAACCGAGCCGCUGCAGCUCCGGCGCCUUCAGCUUCCUGUCCGGUCACCACGGCAGCGGUGGCGGCUCGGCGGCUCUGCGUCUCGGCCCCAUCCCGGCGGACGAAGCGAGCGCCGUGCAGAACUACGUGGAGCACAUGCUGUUCCUGCUCAUGGAGGAGGAGGCGGGCCGAGGGGGAGCGAUGGGUCCCAUCCUGGAGUUCGUGGUCCUGGAGGGCGUGAUGGAGAGGCUGUUCCUGUGGAGUCUGAGGAGGCAGUUCACCGAGGACAUGAAGCUGGAGCAGCUGCGGAUGUACCAGAUGCUGCUGUCGCAGGCCAAGCAGCCGCUGCUGCACCACAAACCCGUGCUGCGGCCGCUCAUGAUGCUGCUCGCCUCCUGUGCCGGAGCCGCCGGCGACAGCGGCGGCGUGGUGGAGGCGGAGCUUGUUCUGCUGCUGAACCAGCUGUGCGCGGCGCUGGUCAAAGACCCGUCAGUGCUGGAGCUGUUCUUCCACAGCAGUGAGGACCAGGGAGCCGCCAACUUCCUGUUGUUCUCUCUGCUGAUACCAUACAUACAUCGGCAGGGUCUGGUGGGUCAUCAGGCCAGAGAGGCUCUGCUGCUCAUCAUGUCGCUGUCGUCGUCAGAGCUACGAGUCGCUCAGCACAUCGCGGACAACACCUACUUCUGCCCGGUGCUGGCCACAGGUCUGUCCGGUCUGUACUCGUCUCUCCCAACCAGGCUGCAGGUCUACAGUGAAGACUGGCACUGCCUGGACCCUGCUGACUGGCACCAGGUUCCGGCUCUGGUCCACUUCCUGCACUCACUGGACUUCUGCAGUGCUGUUACCAAGGUGGCUCAUCCCUCCAUCCGGUCCCAGCUGCUGGGUUACAUCUACAACGGGUUCCUGGUUCCUGUGCUCGCUCCUGCUCUGCAUAAGCUGACGGUGGAGGAGGUGAUGACCACCACGGCGUACCUGGAUCUCUUCCUGCGCUCCAUCUCUGAGCCCGCCCUCCUGCAGACCUUCCUGUCCUUCAUUCUGCUGCACACGCACGACAACGUUUACAUCCUGGACACGCUGGUCAGCAGGGUCAACACUCCCUUCCAGCUGGGUACGGUGUCGCUGGCUCUGUUCAGGACUCUGAUUGGUCUCUUCUGUGAAGACGUGAUGCUGCAACUGGUGUUCAGGUAUCUGAUCCCCUGCAGCCACCUGAGCAGGAGGCAGCGCCGCCGCCUGAAGCAGAGGGACUGCUGCUCCUCCAGCGCCGCCUCCUUCCUGCUCCUCAUGCCCUCCUGGUGCCCGGUUCACCUCCACAGCACCACUGAGCACAUCCACUGGCCCAAAGGAGCAGAUCUGUCGGUGUCCGACAGCGUGGGUUACUGCCGCGCCUCCGACUUCUUGAUGGACGUCAACUACCUCCAUUAUCUGUGGGACGCUCGCCACACCAUCUCUAACGCUCAGAGAGCUUGUCAGUUCUGGUCGGCUCCAUACGACGGCACCGACCCGCCACCUCAAGAGUACCGAUCCGACACACCGGGAGAUGACAUAGAGGAGGAGGAGGAGCUCAUCCAGCGAAUCAAGAGCGACUCCAUCUGCUCUUUGGUGAUCACCUCUCCACCAUCCGCUCCCUCUCCAACUCCGUCCUCUUUGGAAACCGCCUCUAACCGGGCGGGACGAGCCAGCUCCGCCUUGGAGCUGGAGUGGGAUGACCUAUUUGUAGGUGAAGAAAUGUGUUUGUCGCCAUCCCUGAGCUUACCCAACAGAAGUGAAUCCGUGGAGUCCGGCGGGAUUUCCCCUGCGCCUCCACAGGUGCUGCCACGACACAUCCAGGAGAUGCAACGCACGGCGACCAAACUGGUGCACGGCUCGUACGUGGAGGAGGCGGAGUUUCAGGACGACGUUCAGGUCUACGACCUCGUUGCCAAGAAGGACGCAAAGUCAGCCAUUUUGGAGCGAAUGAAGGCGGCCAAUCAGAAACCUCCUGGAAGCGGCUAUAAAGGACUGCAUGUUGGGUCAACGAUAUCGACGGGGUUAGCGACAACAGGAAGGACGGUGAUGGAGACAGUCAACAGCAUCAUGUCGACGCGAAGAAGGAGCGAGGAUGAAGGGAGAGAUGAGAGGAGGAAGAGCGAAGAUUAUGAGAUAACGACGAGGAACGAGGAAUUAAAUGACGAACUGGAGACGAUACUUGAGCAAGUGGAGCCCCUUGCCUUUACAAACAGCUUUCAUGUAAAGAAUCACAUCAUCGGUAAAAGUGGUGAUCCUGACGAAGAAAGACAAAAGCAGAACAGUGAGAACACGACCCAGCAGACGGGGCUAAACCACAACAUGCAGUCCAAUCUCUGCUUGGACACCAACUCUUUGCCAAACGGACACUGUGAGCCCCAACACCCGCACCUUUUACAAAUUCUGCCCGGCAACAAAGCCACUAAAAACAACAGCUUCCUGUCCCAAUACUGUGAGCUCAUGCACUCUUUGGGGGUGGAGCCUGACUGUGACGAGAUCACUGACCACAACGAAACCUUCCAGAGGCGGAUCCAGGCGCUGAGGCAAAAACUUCAGGAGGAGGAAGAGUUCAGCACCGACUUCCUGUGGGAUGAAGCGGAAGAGGAAGGAGAAACCAUGGAGGAGGAAGAGGAGAAGGAAGAGGAGAGGAGCAGCUCUGCCGAUGGUAGCAGGAGACACGGAGUUCCGUGUACGGGUCCUUUCAUCAGCGUCCUCUUGUCCCGAUUGGAGAACCUUCUGGAAAACUCCAUCGCGGUCAACCUGCUGCUGACGGGCAUCCUGGCCCAGCUGGUGUCGUACCCUCAACCUCUUCUCAGGUCCUUCCUGCUCAGCACAGAGCCCCACAGUCAGCCCAGCGUGCGUACGCUUUACCAGGUGCUGGUGUCAGUGCACGCUCAGAUCGAGCGCUAUGUGGAGGACAGACCGGACUACCCCGCCCUGGUCACUCAGGCCUGGAGGUUCUUGCUGGCUAAAGACCAAGACUGCAAAUUUAGAGAGUGCCUCGAGUCUCAGGGCGGUUUCAUCGCCCUGGAUCCAUCUCUUCCCAACGGUUCCCUGAGAAACGCCCUGCCUCUGCCCCCCCUCAGCAUCCUACCCCCCUGCCCCAGCAUCCCCCCGCAAGCCAAGAGCCGAGUGUUCGCCAUCGUGCUGUUCGCCGAGUUCCUGAAGGAGCUGGCGGCCUUCGCUCAGGAGCAAAGCAUCGCACCGGACUGGUGGGAGGAGUUUAACUCGGGGGACCAAUUGUGACUGAAGACUCUCCCAAAGUUCCUGGCAGCACUUGAAGACGUUUCCUGAGGAAUUACAGAUUCUAUUUAUGAAAUGUGAGAUUAUUUGAGAGAAAAUCAAGUUUUUAUGUAUUUGUGGGAUUGGUGCAACUCGUUAUCUCUGUUUUCUAAAACACUAAAAACCUUAGUCACACGGGUGUUGGCCCGUACUGGUGAGGCACGUAUUUGGGUUGUUCAUUGAGGAGUAGCUCAAUCUUACCAUGAAAAUUCUACGUUUUGAGGUUUUGUAUGCAUUUUACUGUUCAUCCCUCACUAUAAAGAACCUCAAAGCGGAAUUUUGAUCAGUACAUGCAUUUA